AUUUGUUUUUUCCCCAUGAAUUCUUUAUUAUGUUUGAAUUGUUCAGAUCUUGACCAUUGUCAAAUUUUCAUUAAAAAGUUUGUUAUCAACAAUAUAUUGUCAAACAGGAACACAACAUCCGAAACAUCAAACAAAAUAUUCUCUUUUGUUUAUUCUUUAUCGAUAUUCUAUUAUCUUUAUUGAAAUUUUUUUUAAAUUUAUCGUUUUUCAAUAACGUCACCAAAUUUAGUGUCCUUGUGUGUGGUGUGAGUGUGUGUAUCUUGUCUUUGUCUGUGUAUUCUUCUAUUAUUUUUCGCCGUGAGAAAAUUUCAUCAUGACAACAAAUACUGAAGAAUCAUUAUUGUCUAACAUAGAUCAUGAUAGUGAUCUUGAACAUUAUGGCCAUCAUCAUACAACGAUGACCAUGAUGACAACAACAACUAAAUCGCCAUUAUUAUCGUUGAUAUUAAACUCUACGAUUUCAAAUUCAAAAAAAUUAAUAGACAACAUCAACACAACAACAAUAUCAUCGAUGAUGGUCAAUGAUGCUGUGAUGGCCAAUGAUGAUGAUCAUUAUCAUCAUAUGGUUAAUAGUGAUAAUAAUAAUGAUGAUACAAAUGUAAAUAUUCUUAUCGAAUCCUGGAAUCGUAGUGGAUUUCAAUUGCCCAAUAUCUAUACGCUGCCAACACCUAUAAUUGUAUUAUCAAUCAUAGCCAUAGUGUUCAUCAUAUGGAUGAUCAUCAAAUUUAUUCAAGCAUUGUGGACAUUUUUUAUCUGUUAUAUGUUAGGUUUCGGUGCUAAAUGGCGGCCAGGUUCUGAUAGUUGGGCCAUUAUAACCGGUUCAACCGAUGGUAUUGGUCUUGCUUAUGCCAAAGCAAUGGCUAGAAAAGGUUAUUGUGUAUUUCUUUUGAGCCGUAAUCAACAAAAAUUGGAUAAAUGCAAAGCCGAUAUACUCAAUGAAUUUCCUAAAUGUCCACAAGUAAAAACAAUGGCUGUCGAUUUUACAUUGGAUACAAUUUAUAAAAAUAUCAGUGAUGAAAUUAAUGCCCUAAAUGGUCAUGUACAUGUUCUUGUUAAUAAUGUCGGUAUGGCUUAUAAAUAUCCGGAAUAUUUUACCAAAAUACCGAAUUCCGAUCAAUUCAUUUCAAACAUUUUGAAUUGUAAUAUUUUAUCAGUUACACGUAUGACACAUAUUAUAUUACCGAUGAUGGAAGCACGACGAUCCGGUAUAAUUAUCAAUGUUGCAUCAUAUUCAGCUUUAUUUCCAACACCAUUUCUUUCAAUAUAUUCAGCAUCGAAAAUUUAUAUGGAUUACUUUUCUCGUGCAUUACAUUCGGAAUAUAGUGAUCGUGGUAUUGUAGUACAAUCGGUAUUACCAUAUUAUGUAUCAACAAAUAUGAUACGUAAUCCAAGAAUUUCAUUUAUGAUACCAUCGCCUGAUCAAUUUGUUAAUUCUGCAUUAAAAACGGUUGGCGUUGAAACACGUACAUAUGGAUAUUUUGCACAUAAUGUUUUAGCAUUUUUUCAAUCAUUUAUUGUUAAAUUUAUUAUUGGUAAUAAUCUUAAUACAAAAAUCGCUUAUCAUCGUAUGAAACGAUUACGUAAAGGAUGUUAUAAACGUAAAGGACUUAAUCAUUAUGUUUGAUGAAAUUUUCGUAAAAGUAUUUCAAUCAACGAUCAUCAUUAUCAUCAUCAUCAUCAUCAUCAUAAUUUUCUGCUUAAA